GAAGUACUGUCCACACAGCACUGCAUGCUUCCACCAGCAGCUUCUCCUGAGGAUCUCUCUGAGAGGUGCCUUUAUCCAACACAAGUUACAGAUGUUACAGGACAGUACAGGGUUACAAAUCAAGGUCAAUAUUUAAAUACACUAUAGUUUACAGUAUUUUGAAGAAGCAGCUAUGGAGAAAGAAAACUCAUCCUACGUUACAAUGUUUACCCUUUCUGGAUUAAAUGAAUCAAGCACAAAUAAAUACAUCUAUUUUUCUUUCACUCUCCUGGGUUAUCUCUUUAUCAUUUGUGUUAAUUUAAUUCUAAUUGUAAUAAUAGCUCUUGAAAAGACACUUCAUGAACCCAUGUAUUUCUUCCUCUGUAAUCUGAGUGCUAAUGCACUGUAUGGAACUGCUGGUUUCUUUCCUAAACUACUGUUUGAUUUUCUGUCUGAUACGCAUGUCAUCUCGUAUUCUGGGUGCCUGCUACAAAUAUUUGUCAUCUACAGUUUUUCCACAUGCGAAUUAUCAAAUUUAACAGUGAUGGCCUAUGAUAGGUAUGUGGCAAUAUGCAGGCCCCUGGAGUACCAUGCUAUCAUGUCGCCUUUGACGACUGGUAAAUUAAUACUGUUUUCUUGGAUUUUUCCACUCUGUUGUUUCUGUGUUGUUACUCUGUUGGCUUUCAGGUUGCCCUUAUGUGGCUCCCACAUUGAAAAACUAUUUUGUGAUAACUGGUCAAUUGUGAAAUUAUCUUGUGUAGAUACUACUGUUAAUAAUGUAAAUGGAUAUGUUAUAAUAUGCAUAUUCUUUGCACAUUUCCUCUUUAUUUUAUUUUCUUACAUGAAAAUACUCAGAGUGUGCCAGACAUCUAGUAUAGCAAUGAGUAAAUGUUUGCAGACCUGUUUGCCACAUUUGUUGUCUGUGAUCAAUUACUCAAUUGCCUUGCUUUUUGAUGUAAUGUACAGUAAAUACGGUUCAUAUGAUAUUCCACAGGUUUUACACAAUCUCCUGUCAGUGGAAUUUCUAAUCGUCCCUCCUAUUUUCAAUCCUGUCAUUUAUGGUUUAAACUUUCAAAAGAUCCGGAACAAAGUCACAAGAAUGUGCAGCAGAAACAAAGUCAUUCACACUUAAUAGAUUCCAGAUGUAGUUGCUACUAUCGCCAUACAUUUAUAAGAAAUCAAAACUUUUAAUUGGAUAUUGUUUUUUAUAAUUAUACAGGAUUAUUUAAUUUGUAAUUGACUCAACAGAAUCAGGUAAAUUAAAUGGACCCGAUGCACUUUUUCAACUUCAUUGUAAACCUCUUCCUGAACCCUUCUUGGUUUUGUUAAUAUAAGCUGAAAUGCUUAUUUAUUAAGGGUCACCCAUUUCUGAGGGUAGCUUCACAUUUUAUAUAGAAAAAUGUAUCAUCAAAGGAAUCAAAUGUAUUGCAGGCAUAAGAGCAGCUUCUUAUGUAAAAAAGAAUGUAAUAUUUAAUGAUUUCAGGGAAUGUAAUGUAUUUUAAACUGAAAUAGUUUAUAUCCAUGCUAAGCACAAGUACAUUACACGUGUACGAAGCAAAUAGAUAAAUACAUUGUUGGUCUUGUGGUUAAAAACAGUAAUUCCAGUCAAACCUUCAAAGCAGAUUCCUGUACAGGUUAAUAUGCAUGUUUUUAUCAUUUCAGAAACAAUAAAGAGAUGUAUUAAAUAAGCCAUAAUUCAUGACAUGAUUUAUAUUUGUAUAUAAUGUUAACACUAAUGCACAACCUUGAAUAUCUUGUUUUUAUAAUAUGGCUUAAAUACGAUUGAAUACAUAUUUUAUGUUAUAUACUGUAUAAAUACAAUGUGGUAUGUAUGUAUAUUAAUGUAUUUGAUGUAUAAAAUGCAUCCUUACAGUAAAAAAAAAAGUGUUACAUAUUGGA